GGCGGGGCGAUGACGUAGGCAGGAGGAGAGGGCGGGUAGCGGAUAUAGGGCAGCGGUAGCGGGCGAGCCGGGAGCGCGAACCGGACCGAGAUGGAGCGUGUGGUGCUGGUGACGGGAGCCAGCGGCGGCGUGGGGCUGGCGUUGUGCCGGCGGCUGCUGGGGGAGGAUGGACGCAUCCACCUGUGCCUCGCCUGUCGCAACACCCAGAAGGCAGAGGCCACGCGGGACUUGGUGCUGCAGGAGUACCCCGCCGCGCAGGUCUCCACCGUGGAGGUAGACCUGGGCAACCUGGCCUCCGUGCUGCGUGCUGCGCAGGAGCUGCGCUGCAGGUUCCAGCGCCUGGACUUUGUCUACCUCAAUGCCGGCAUCAUGCCCAACCCUCAUGUGAACUUCAAGGCCCUGUGGAAGGGGCUCCUGACCGGGAAGGUGCUCCAUAUGCUGACCACUGCAGAAGGCAUCAUGACACAGACAGACAGACUGAAUGGGGACGGGCUGCAGGAGGUGUUUACCACCAACCUCUUUGGGCACUUUAUCCUGAUUCGUCAGCUCGAAUCUCUGCUCUGCGGUAAUGAAAAGCCAUCACGACUCAUCUGGACCUCCUCCAGCAAUGCAAGGGAAUCUGCCUUCAGCCUGUCUGACUAUCAGCAUGCCAAGGGGCAGGAAUCAUACAGUUCCUCCAAAUAUGCCACUGACCUGACAAGUGUGGUUCUGAACAGGAAAUUUAAUAAGCAGGGUCUGUAUUCCAGUGUUGUUUGUCCUGGCCUUGUUAUGUCCAACAUGACCUUCCGAAUUUUGCCAGUUUUUCUGUGGGUGCUGCUGAUGCCCAUCAUGUUUUUGAUACGUUUCUUUGCCAAGACUUACACUCUGACACCGUAUAAUGGAGCAGAAGCUCAUGUGUGGCUGUUCAAGCAGAAGCCAGAAUACCUGGAUCCACUUGUCAAGUACCACAGCUGUACCUCUGGACUGGGGAAGAACUUUGUGGAGCCUAGAAAGCUUGAUGUGGAUGAAGAAACUGCUGAGAAAUUUUACCAGAAGCUGUUGGAACUGGAGGAGCAAACUCUAGAGAAAUAUGGCGAUCUCCUAGAUUAAAUAAAACUCGUUCUCAGUGAGUUAAGGCUUCUAUCAGUAACAUGGGCUUCCUUCAUUCUGGUGCUACUUGGGGUGCCUGCUCUUCUGUGGGCAUAUGGCUUCAGCACUGAUCUUCCUUCUCUAAAGAAGGUGAACAGUUCCUGAAAAUGGGAAUGUGAGAACUGAAGAAGAAUAUUUAGUCUUUCUGGUAUGGGAUUUUUCUGGCGUAAAACUGGAGACCUAGCGUAGGUGGAAACUGUCCUAACACAGCUGUGAGGCGUUGUCUUCUAAAAACAUGACUGAACUGUGUACAGCUCAAGAGGAGCCUCAAAACAUGGUUUGAAUGUGGCUUGGUGUUGGGAAGGCAACAGCCUGGGGUGCUGCUGUGAGUUGUGGCUCCACCAGUCCUUCGAGAUGGUUUGAACUCAUGACCUGUGGCUAAUCCUGACAUACUUGAAGGCCCAACUUCAGCUGAGCUGCUUCUGUUUGCACCCCAGAGCUUGGGCCAGCAUUCCGAGGGGCUGGCAAGAUUGAGCCUUGCUGAAGCUCAGGCUGUGUAUGGCCCUGAGGAAAAGCUCCUGAAAAAAGAGGGAAUGGCACCUCUUGCCUCCGCUGUGAGGUUAGAUGCUUUCUGGAUAGCUGGAAAACAUGAGCCAUCCCUUGGAUUUGGGGCCCUAUGUUCUAGCCAUGACUGACUGGGAAGGUUGAGGCUGUUGAAGUUAGCUGGGUUUCAGGGCCUCACUGCUCUGUCUGUUGCAAGAAUGAGGUCACCCUGUUAUUUAUAUCUGUUUAACUGUCUUUUUAUAUUUAAUAAGUAUUCUUUCUGUUACCUAUCUUGUGAGUACCUGGUGUACUUUCAAUGCUGCAACAAAUAAAUAAUCAGCACUCA